UGCAGGGAUACACGCAUCCGUCUCAGCUGCGCGCUCCUGUCCGGUCUCGGCGGCGUCAUCCAAGGGUUCCGCCACAGGCUUAACGGUCUUGAUGGGCUCGAUUUUCGGCUUCGAAACCGGCGCCGUCUUGUGCGUCGCCUUGUUCCGGAACAGCAAGUUCUUGAACCAACCGCCAGAGCUUGGAGCCUUGGGAGUCUCUUCUUCUUCUUCUUCGCGCUGCUCUGCUGCAGCCUCAAGGUCAUUCGUCUCGUCGCUCACAGUGGCAUUUUCCUCACCAUCAUCUGCCACCGUCUCCGCAACAGUAUCGACAAUGGCAGGCUCCCGCUCACCGCCACGAUCGUUCUGCGUGUCGGCCGCUUCGGCGACGGCUCCUACCUCCGCAGGCACCUCGGUAGCGACGUCCCUACUCUUCUCCGCCGGCACAGCAUCGAGUUCUUUAGCAACGGACAGCUCGUCCGUGUCAACUGCAGUCUCCUUCACUUCAGGUGAAGCGUCACCGGCCGGAGACGUCUCCAUCUCAGGCGCAACGGCGGCAGACUCAGGGUCUACGGUAGCAGCGUCCUCGCCCGCAACACCAGGCAGCUCACGAGUACUGUCUUCUGUGAAGGCAGGCUCUUCGGCGUCGGCAGCAGUCUGGAGAGUCUCCACCUCAGAAGCAGUGUUACCCGAUGGGACUGGCUCAGUGGCUGCAGGCUCGUCGAUAGCGGAGUCCUGAUCGGCAUCACCAUUAGCUUGGGGCUCUUCGUCAACUAUGGCAGUGUCAACCUCCUCCGAUGCAGCAUCUUCCUCAGACGCACCAUCAGCAACAGGUUCUGGAUCUGCGGCCACGAACUCUUCGCAAGCAGCAGUGGCGUCAGGCUCUUCAACUGCCUCCUCCGUUGUUGGCUCAGCCUCCGACUCCGUAGUAGCGACAGCCACCGCAUCAAACUCAUCAGUGAUGGACACGGCCGUGGCCUCGUCGGCCGUCUCGACCACAUCUACCGCCUCGUUUUCAAUGAUCUCCUCGGAAGCUGGUUCUUCCGUCGCAGCGACAGGCUCUUCCGAAGCAGAUUCCUCUGUACUCGUGUUGUCGGCCUCAUCUUCUUCAAAAACAGGGUUCUCAACGUCGGCAAAUUGCCGGGCAAUGGCUGACGUAGACUCAUCGACGACAGGCUCAGUUGCGAUGACAGUCUCUGCAGUGGUCUCCACGUCAACAAUUUCCUCGACUGGUAGCUCGUCCGAUGCAGACGCCGCCGUGACCUCCUCGACUUCUUUAGCUGUGGCCUCGUCAACCGAAAGCUGUUCCUCCGUCAGCGUGUCCACCAUGGAUUCAACGACAAGCUUGACGACAGUCUCGUUAUUGUUAAUGGCAUCAUCCACAGCAACCACUUCGUUCGACUCGAUCUCGUCGGUCGCCUCCUUCGCCACCGUCUCCGAGACAGGCAUAUCAGCCUCUUCACCUGCAGAUUCCUCGACGCAAGCCUCUUCAACGGGUUCGACUGUGGUCUGCUUCUCUUCGACGGUCUCCACUGCAGAUACAUCAGCAGUCUUGAUCGUCACUGACUCCCUAGCGGCGUCAUUCACAGCGCACUCCACAGCGGCUUCAUGGGCUUCGAGAGUCAGGGACUCACGUUGUUCAUCCGACGACGUGAUACUCAGGACUUCAUCCACUGUGGCAGCAACCAUAUCGUCGAUCACCUCUUCCUCGCUGUCGGUCAAUCUAGCGUCCUCAACUUCAGCAGUUUCGUCUUCGACUUCAACAUUCUUCUCCUCGACCUCACUUUGUAUCACUCCAGCGACUGCAGUUGCUGCGCACGCACCGAGCGCCAGAGUCGCGACGAUGUGAGGCAUGUCGGAGGUGACAUCGUUGACCACAGGCUGAACCUCGGUCCCCUUCUCCUGGUCCUCUUGGACAGCAGGACUUGUCGCUUCCUCCAGGUCGACAUCAAUAGCAAUUGGUGUGGCCUCCACUGUUUCGGUUAAAACCUCUUCCUCAGGAAGUUCCUGGUCGGCCUCGAUCUCAGCAACGUUGUCGGUGCUUUCCACGACGGCUUCUUCGUUUUUGGCCAGCGUUUCGGUCGCGUCAGCGUCGCCGUUGACGGAGACUACUGACUCGGUCACAGGAAAAGAAUUAAUGGUCUCCUCUAUAAACUCCACCUCAGCGACAACAACUGCAUCUUCUUCAGCAAUUGAAGACUCGACGACAUCGUCAGCUGCUGAAGCGGCUUCCUCGAGAGAUUCUUCAACUGCGUUAACAGCCACGUCAUUGUCCGAUGGAGCCACAUCGAUGUCCGGACUUGAAGAGCUCAUUUGAGCCACUGCCACUGCACCAGCGGCGACACAGGCACCAGCUGCAAGCGAGGCUACAAUAGCCGGCAUGUCCGAAGCAACAUUACUGCUCGGCUCCGACACCGUAGCAGGAUCUUCGACUUCGACCUCGGUCACCGACGCUUUCUCAAUGACUGCUUCUUCCUUUUCAGGCUCCGUCUCAGCCACUUCAGCAGGAAUCUCUUGGGCAGUCUCGAUCUCCGGCCCCGAUACCUCUUCGACGAGUUCCUCGGUCUCCAUAGACUCUACUUCAGUGACAGCUUCCUCAUCAGAGGUAUCAACAUUGGCACUAUCCUCUGCCGUCUCAGUUCCAGUCAUUUCCAUCUCGCCAUCCUCGACCUCGUCAGCAACGUCAAGUUCGGCAAUUCCAGCAGCGAAUACCUUGUCGUCCUCCUCGACAGUCUUGUCAUCGUGCUGUUCAGCGAUCGGCUCGACCCCAGCGGUAUCGUCCGCCUCAGUGUUCGCAGUCCCAUCAGAAUCAAGGUCUUCGGUCGAAGUUUCAGCCAACUCAAUCGAUUCCUGCCCCGCAACAACCUCUUCAGUGAUCUCUUCAACCACAGCUUGUACGACACUGUGCGCUUCAACUGUCUCCGCUUCGAUCUCCUCAGUGGCAGUCUCGGUCUCCGGUACUGGCAUGUCUGGUACGACAGGCUCCUCAAUCGCAGCAGCAAUCACGUUCUCCACCACCUCGGCGACGAAUUUCUCGGAUACGAUGUGGAUGGUCUCAUCAAUUGGGAUGGCCUCUUCAACGGGUUCUUCUUCCUCGUUCGACUUGGGCUCAGCAACAUCCGCGGGCGGCUCGACAGCAACCACUUCAACAUGUUCAACCUCAAUGUCCUCCAUGGCCACUACAGUCUCCACAGCAUGCUCUUCUUCAGCCGUCUCAUCGCCACCCACUUGCUCAACGACCUCCUCCAUCAAAUCAGCAUCUGCGGAGAUGCCAUUGUCACCCUCAAUCUCCGUCGCUCCGGUUUCCUCCACGCCUUCCACCUCUUCCCCAUUACUGCCGCCUCGUGCAAGCACUGCAGCUCCAGCAGCCAGAGCAACCGCGCUUCCAACCGCUACGGCUUCAACCGGAACCUCUUGCUUCUCCGUCUCAAUAGCAGCAGCAUCGGAGGUCACCACUUCAACCUCCUCGACUACGUCUGCUGUCUUUGUUUCAUCGACGAGCUUGACGGUCUCCUCAUCCUGAACUACCACGUCUUCGAUCUGGUUCAGCAUCUCAUACAGCGUCGUGACCACUUCCAACUCGUCCGCCUAAUGCUGUCACUCCUGCCACCUCGUCGCUGAAGCUG